AUGUGCUGUGGGACUCCCUGCCAAACGUCACAUUACUCAUUUAAAAAGGCUCAAUGGGAUUGCAAAAUGUCUAUCCAACAAAUUUCAUGUGGCUAUCACCACUCCAUGAUUUUAACAACAGAAGGCAAAGUUUUUGCAUGCGGAGCUAAUGUCGCAGGUGCUUUAGGACUUGGACAUUAUUCUGCAAUCAUUUCAAAGAAAGGACGGCUUUUUGUAACAGGAGUAAAUAUCGGAGGAGAAUUAGGAUGUGGUGACUGUAUUAAUAGAAAUCUUUUCACCUAUGUAUCAGACCCAGUUCCAAAUGUUAAACUUAUUGCAUUUAGACCUUCUUUUCGAUAG